AUGAAUUUAAUAUUAGGACCAGAAGUCCAAGAAUUUUGUGUGAACUAUUUAGAUGAUCUAGCCAUUAUUACAACAGGAACGUUAGAUAAACAUUUGGAGCACAUUGAUAUUGUUUUAAGUAAAUUGAACAAAGCUGGCUUAACGUGUAACUUGCAGAAAUGUGAAUUUAUUUGUAAAGAAAUUAAAAUGCUGGGUUUUAUAAUUUCAACAGAAGGCAUAAAGACAGAUCCCGAUAAGAUUCGAGCGAUCCAAGAGUUUCCAGCACCUAAAAAGAUUAAACAAUUAAGGGCCUUUUUAGGUCUAUGCAAUUUUUAUAGAAGGUUUAUACCAAAUUACAGCGAGAGCAUAAUACCGCUCUGUGAAUUACUUAAAAAGGGACGAAAGUUCCAAUGGAGCGGUAAAGAACAGAAGGCAUUUGAUUUUAUAAAACAACAAUUUAUUAAUACAAUACAAUUGCAUCAUCCAGACUUUAAUAAGCCGUAUUAUUUACAAACAGAUUGUUCCGGUGUGGGUAUGGCCGGAGUACUAUAUCAGAUAGAUGAUAAUAAUGAAAUGAGAAUUUUAGGCUAUCAUAGUAAAGCCUUAAAAGGCCCCGAAUUAAAUUGGUCUGUUACUGAACAAGAGUUUUAUGCUGUAAUAAGCUGCCUAAAGAAAUUUGAAACAUAUUUGCGGGGCAGUAAAGUAAUAAUACUAACUGAUCAUAAAGCAUUAUUGUUUAUUAAUAAUAUGAAGUUAUUCAAUGGUAGAGUAACCCGAUGGAUUUUGUAUAUAGAACAAUUUAAUUAUGAAGUACAGCAUAUAUCGGGUAGAUGUAAUAUUGUUGCAGAUGUGCUAUCACGUUAUCCUCCUGAUGGCGAUUUAAUACAAGAGGAUAAAAAUAAUAGUUUAGAAAUUGCUUACACAGAGAGCGAACCGAAUAUUGAGUUGAUAGAAAAAUUAAAAUCCUUAUCAGUAUAUCAAUUACAAGAUUCAGAGUCGUUGGCUAUUAUUAAAAAGUUAAAGACAUUAAAUACUUCCAUAAUAAAACAAAACAAUAAAUUUAAAAGGUAUAGUUUGAAAAAUGAUGUAUUAUAUUACAAAACGAAUUUACAAGAAGUAAUAUAUUUACCUAAAGCAUUGAGACAAGAUAUUAUAAAUCAAGUGCAUAACAAAAUGGGUCAUCAAGGACCCUAUAAGGUAAUUAAAUAUGUGAGAGACAGAUUCUUUUGGAAAGGUUUAACAAAAGAUAUUAAAAACCAAUUAAUGGCUUGUCAUUUAUGUCAGUUAUCUAAGAAAAGCAAUAUAACAUAUGUGGGUCCCUGCAAAUCUAUAAUAACAGAAAACAUUGGCGAUAUAGUCAUGGCAGACUUAUAUGGACCGCUUGUAUCAGGUACCUUUGGGUACACUUUCAUAUUUGUCAUUCAAGAUUCAUUCAGUAAAUUUAUCAAAUUAUAUCCUUCAAAACAGUCAACAGCAAAGUCUGUUGUAACAAAAGUAUGUAAUAAUGACAGAUAA